CGUACUCUGAUGAUCUGUUGUAGUCUUGAUUGGGAAGGUCCAUAACCAUGGCCAUUCCUGGACUUGAAUCGCGUUAUCCCUGCCCCGGGCUGUAUGUAUAAAGACAGUCGUCUCUCCGCUGACCUCUGUUCGUCCGGCAAACUUGCAUCGCCAGGGAGCCAAUUGGCGUUCCCCAAAGUUAUUACCAGCAUCUUAUACCACCAUGGGUGCAUUUACGUGGGUCUUAUUUGCUGUGGUUGCUGCAUCUGCAGCGUUGGCUCUGACGCCGGAGGAGUUGAUUAGUGCACCCCGAAGAUCUGAAGUAAUCCCCAAUCCAUCUGGAAGCGUGGGUCUUUUCUCAACCUCUCAAUACUCCUUUGAAACACAUAAAACUACCGCAUGGUGGAGCGUAGUCGAUCUCAAUUCAGGGAAUAUCAAAGUUCUUACGAAUGACAGCAAUGUCUCCGAGAUCGUUUGGCUGACCGACUGGAAUGUUCUGUACAUCAAUGGCACGAAUUCUGAUAUUCCUGGUGGCGUGGAGCUCUGGGUGUCCAGCGUUUCGGACAUGGGGAAAGGAUACAAAGCUGCUUCGCUGCCGGCCGCAUUUUCCGGCCUCAAGGCUGUCACUACGGACACAGGAGAUAUCAAAUAUGUGGCCUACGCCCAGUCGUAUGCUAAUGGUACUGCGUAUAAUGCGGAAUUGGCAGAGACUGCUUUGAGCUCAGCGCGCAUUUAUGACAGCAUUUAUGUCCGCCACUGGGAUUACUACCUUUCGACUACGUUCAACGCUGUGUUUUCCGGCACAUUGAAGAAGGACCUUCACUCCAAGUAUCAUGGCGCAGGAGGACUCAAGAACCUUGUUUCGCCCAUUAAAAACGCGGAAUCUCCUUCUCCCCCGUUUGGAGGGUCAUCCGAUUAUGAUAUUUCACCUGAUGGCAAAUGGGUCGCCUACAAGAGUAAGGCUCCAGAACUGCCAAAGGCGAACUAUACCACGUCAUAUAUCUACCUUGUGCCACACAAUGGCUCGACGGACGCAUAUGCUAUCAACGGGCCUGACGAUGCCCCCCAAGGCAUCAGGGGCGAUUCCAGUAGUCCGGGAUUUUCCCCUGACAGCAAAAGGCUGGCCUACUUCCAAAUGGAAGAGGAAACAUACGAGUCGGAUCGUCGCACUCUGUACCUCUACGAUAUCCCCAACAAGUCGAUUUCAGCUCUGGCCAAAAAUUGGGACAGGUCUCCUGACUCUCUCAAGUGGCUUGAUGGAAGAAGCAUCAUUGUUGGCGCAGAGGACAAGGGGCGCGGUAAUCUGUUCUUGAUUACCACCAAUCAGGCCACGGACGACUACGUCCCUGCGCGCCUGACGAAUGCAGGCUAUGCUCUAGCCUACUAUAUUCUCCCCAGUAAGGACCUGCUGGUGACAGGUAGCAAUUUGUGGACCUCUUGGAAUGUGUACAUCACUAGCUCCAUCCCAAAGGGAGGUGUCGUGAAGACCCUCGCCUUGGCUAGUGAGAUUGACGCUGAGCUCAGUGGACUUGGGCCCUCCGAUGUUGACGAGGUGUAUUUCGCCGGUAACUGGACUGAUAUUCAAGCGUGGAUCAUCUACCCCGACGGCUUUGACAAGACCAAGUCUUACCCUCUUGUCUACUUUAUUCACGGUGGUCCCCAGGGCUCGUGGGCGGAUUCCUGGAGUACACGUUGGAACCCCAAGGUCUGGGCUGACCAGGGAUACGUAGUCAUUGCUCCAAACCCAACCGGAAGCACAGGGUUUGGUGAUGCACUGACCGAUGCAAUCCAGAACAACUGGGGAGGUGCCCCAUACGAUGAUCUUGUCAAGGGCUGGGAAUACAUCCGUGACAAUAUUGACUACGUUGACACGAGCCGUGGUGUAGCUGCAGGAGCUAGUUAUGGUGGCUUCAUGGUUAACUGGAUCCAAGGCAGCGACCUCGGACGCGAGUUCAGAGCACUUGUUAGCCAUGACGGCACGUUUGUAGCCGAUGCAAAGGUCUCUACCGAAGAACUCUGGUUCAUCGAACACGAUUUUAAUGGCACCUUUUGGGCCAACCGAGAUAACUACCGUCGGUGGGAUCCCUCGGCCCCGGAGAGGAUUCUCAAGUUCAGCACCCCUCAACUUAUCAUCCACAGCGACCUCGACUAUCGCCUACCGGUGUCCGAGGGACUUGCUCUUUUCAAUAUACUCCAGGAGCGCGGCGUUCCAAGCCGUUUCCUCAACUUCCCCGAUGAGAACCACUGGUAUGAAUUUUCCUUUCCCGCUGUGCAAUAUCCGGACACUGACGGGAUAUCUAGGGUACUCAACAAGGAAAACAGCCUUGUCUGGCACCAACAGGUGCUUGGAUGGAUCAACCGAUACUCUGGCGUCCAGGACGAGAACCCCGAUGCUGUCAGUCUGGACGAUACUGUGGUACCAGUGGUCAACUAUAACCCUUGAUUGGACAUCAUUUGACGCAUUACUGCAUCACUAUGUUCCACACAACCCCAUAGAGUUAGUAAAUAAAAGUAUGCCAAUUAAGGGUUUACCCACUGCAUGUUUUCUCUGGUUGGGCAACUCAUGUAAAGGAAGUAC